AAAAGCAAGUGCUCCCUUCUGACUUUCUCCCUCGCGCUCUCCCUGCUCUGUGCUCUCUACCCUGUCCCUCUCUGGGGCACACCGCACACACUCGUCGCUCGCAACAUGGUCAAGCAGGAACGCGUCUCGACGGUGACCGUCGCGGCCGUCUCGACGGUGGCACCGGCGCUGCCCAUGCAGGAGCACCGACUGCCGCUGUCGAACCUGGACCUCAUCCUGCCGCCCAUCGACGUCGGCGUCUUCUUCUGCUAUGACGCGGACCCCGCGGGCGGCCGCAGCCACCAGCCGGUCGCCGCCGUCCUCAAGGCGGCGCUGGCCAAGACGCUGGUGGCGUACUACCCGCUGGCCGGGGAGGUGGUGGCCAACGCGGCGGGCGAGCCGGAGCUGCUGUGCAGCGGCCGCGGCGUGGACGUCGCGGAGGCGGCCGCCGACGGCACCGUGCUGCGGGACCUGCGCCUGGGCCUGCCGGACGAGAGCGUCGAGCCGCUCGUGCCCAAGAAGAAGGCCGGCGUCAUGUCCGUGCAGGUGACCAAGUUCAAGUGCGGCGGCGCCGUGGUUGGGUGCACCUUCGACCACCGCGUGUGCGACGCCUACUCGUUCAACAUGUUCCUCGUCGCGUGGGCCGCAGCCGCCAGCGGCAGCUCAGCGCCUCCGGCCCCGUGCUUCCACCGCUCGUUCCUCGCGCCGCGUGAACCAGCUGCGGCACCGCUCCGCACCGCCGGCAGCCUCGCGGACCGCCUCUUCGUCCCCGUGAGCCGCGCGCCGGCCUUGCCGGACACAGCCACCGCCAACCGCAUCUACCGCGUGUCCGCCGCCGACGUCGCGGCGCUUCAAGCCUCGGCGGGGGCCGGGCGCACGAAGCUGGAGGCGUUCACGGCCCACCUGUGGGGGCUCCACGCCAAGGCCGCAGCGGCCUCGCGGCGCCAGCAGCCGCGUUCGUGCUGCAUGGGCGUGGUGGUGGACGGGCGCAGUCGCCUCCGCCGCGACGGCGCCAUGGGGGCCUACUUCGGCAACGUGCUGACCAUCCCCUACGGCGUCAUGGGCACCGGCGCCCUGGGCGAAAUGGCGCUCGCGGACGUGGCCGGCGACGUGCACCGGUGGGUGGCGGAGGCCGCGACCGGCGAGCACUUCCGCGAGCUCGUCGACUGGGUGGAGGCGCAGCGGCCGGAGCCCACGGUGGCGAGAGCGUACCUGGGCCGCGGCCACGGCGGCGAGGACGCGAUGGCCUGCGUGGUGUCGUCGGGGAUGCGGCUUCCCCUCGGCGAGGUGGACUUCGGGUGGGGCCGGCCGGCGUUCGCGUCGUAUCAGUUCCCCUGGCCCGGCGGCGCCGGGUACGUGAUGCCGAUGCCGAGCGCGCGCGGGGACGGUGACUGGGUGGUGUACGUGCACGCGGCGCUGGAGGUGGUGGAGGUGAUGGAGGCGGAGCCGACGGUGUUCAGAGCGCUGGAGAGUAGCUACGUGUUCGAUCGAUCGGGUGAGUUGAAUUAAGCGCGCGCCUGGUCGGCUGCUGCUGGAACGUGAUGGCGCCAUCGUGACAUCAUCGUCCGUGCAUAUAUCGUGUGUGUGUACGUGUCUGAUUCGUGGUUUACCUUGUGUUGUGGGUUCCAUCCAUGUUAUCGUGCACGUGUGUGCCGUGUAACACGUACGAAAUACUACCGAUAUACCCAUACUGAUACAUAGUUUCUGUA